AUGAUAAAAAAUAACAUUGGUAUCUGUAGUAACAGCGAAUUUAAUAACAACAUCGUCACCAACACUAACAACACUAAAAAUAAAAAAUAUAGUAAUAGUAGAGGCCCAUACGUUUCAAGAGCAUGUGACAACUGUAAAAAAUCACAUAGGAAAUGCUCAGAAGGGAAUGGUAGUUGUGACAAUUGUUUGCGUAAAAAUUGGGAAUGUUCUAAAAAUAUUUUUAUUGUUCAAUCAUAUAACGAUAAUGGCAAUAAUAAUAAUGACGACGACGAUGUUGAGAAAG